UCCAGAACUCUCGUAAGGAACAAUUCGUUCAGCCAUGGAAAAAGAAACAUUGACAAGUGAUGCAAUACCAGUGGUUAAUAUUGCUGAGCAGGACGAGAUAAAUAUCAUCAAUUCACCUAAGGUGAAAGUAGUGGACAUUGAAGCAGCCUUUGAUGGUGAAUUCAUUAAAAUAGAGGAGUCCUUUGAUGCAAAGGGUCGUACCUUCACGGCCGAAUCAAGCUCCACGCCAGAUGAAAAACUAGGACUGAAAAGCUUGUAUAAGAAAAUUUUAGAAAAUCAGAAAGUAGAAGAGGCACUGAAGAGUACCGCUGCCGAAUUAUCUACAGCUCAAGGGGAGUUGGAGCUUUCGAAAUCACAGGUGCAAGAAGUGGAGCAAAGGCUAGCAUCAAAGGAAGCUAGCAUCAAUGAAUUGACAGAAGAAUUGGGAACAUCAACUGCUCGGUAUUCCGACCUUGAGCUAGAACUGAAAAAUGCCAUGGACAAAUGUGCCGAGAAUGAAGGACGAGCCAAUACAAUUCACCGGCGCAGCGUCGAACUUGAGGAUCUAAAGCAGAUAUCACAUGCUAAGGCAGUUGAGGCUGGUAAAAAAGUGAGCGAAUUAGAGUUACUUCUUGAAACAGAAAAAUAUAGGAUGAAGGAACUUGAAGAGCAACGUGGGGCUGCAGAGGCAGAAUUCUUGAAAAACACUCUGAAGGUUUCUGAACUUGAAAGACAACUUGAGGCUGUUCAAGUGAAAAAUUCAAGCCUAGAGGUUGCAUUACAGGCCGCCACUGAAAAGGAAAAAGAACUGCACGAGCACUUGAAUAUUACCACAGAGGAGAACAGAAAUUUAAAAGACACGUUGAAAACCGCAAAUGAGAAGCUAUCUGAAGCCAAAAAUCUCAGGCAUGAAUUGAGUACUUCCCAACAGAAAUUAGAGAGCAUCGAAAAUGACCUCAAGGCUGCACGAAGGAGAGAAAAUGAAGUUACUGAGAAGCUCAAGUCAACCGAGAAGCAGUUACAGGAAAAGUUGAAUUUGGCGCUUUCUGAGAAGAAAGUCUCUGAUCAGCAGCUUGCUUCUCACACGAGCACUAUCACUGAAUUAAGAAAGCAGCAGUCAAGAGCCGUUGAACUUCAAUUAGCAGCCGAAGCCCGCAUUUUAGAUGCAGAAGCACAGUUGAAAAGAGAAGUUGAAGAAAAAUCAAAGCUUAAACAAGAACUGGCUUCAUGUACUUCCAAGUUGAAAAGCGAAGUUGAGGAAAAAUCAAAGCUUGAACAAGAACUGGCUUCAUGUACGUCCAAGUUGAGAAGCGAAGUUGAGGAAAAAUCAAAGCUUGAACAAGAACUGGCUUCAUGUACGUCCAAGUUGAGAAGCGAAGUUGAGGAAAAAUCAAAGCUUGAACAAGAACUGGCUUCAUGUGAGUCCAAGUUGAGAAGCGAAGUUGAGGAAAAAUCAAAGCUUGAACAAGAACUGGCUUCAUGUGCGUCCAAGUUGAAAAGCGAAGUUGAGGAAAAAUCAAAGCUUGUACAACAACUGGCUUCAACCGACUGCAAUAUCCAAUGAUUAAUGAUAUGAGAGUUUGAAGACGAUGGGUCACGUGGUCAGUGGCGAAUCCAGGAUUCAAGUUCAGCUAGGGUGGUUUGACCGUUGACCGACGAUUGUUGACUAUCGACAAUCGUAAUUGUUCGAUCGUUUAUUAAAAUUUGGUUACAUAAUAUUAAAAGUUCUUCAAUAUA